AUGACCGAUAACAAUGUACCAGGACGAAUAGUCAAUUUAAAUCAUAAAAAUUUCUAUCAAGGACCCAUGCGUUCAUCAUCACCUGCAACAGCAGCUAAUCAAUUCCUUGUUUCAACUCGUCAUCCGUAUACAACAGAUCAUGCUCGUCGUACGAGCGUACCAUCAACAGUUGGUGGAACUUUGUCGAAUUCUCGAGCUCAACAUACUUCACAUGGUCAUUCAACUAUUCAAAUGGAACCUGGCCUUCAAGCAUUGCUUGUUGCAGAAGGUCGAGCUGCCGCUACGAUUGUAGCAGCUCGUACAAAACGUAAUGAAUUAUUACGGCAAUCGAAUCGAGAGAGUCAAAUUGAAAUAGAAGCAUUUCGACGAGAACGCGAAGCUCAAUACAAGAAAAAAUUCAAUGAAGCAACAAAACUCGAACAAUUUCAAACAAAACUUGACAAACAAAGGCAUGAGUUGUUAGAAAAGAUGAAUGUCGACGCUCAAAAAAAGCGAAAAUCACUCAUUAAUCAUAUUAUUCAUUGUGUGAUUGAUCAAAUUCCUGUUGAACCCCAUCCAAAUAUGAAACAUAGUAUUUUCUAG